UUGACAGGGUGGCGUCUCUAAGUGUACUCGCAGAAAUGCACACCGAGAAUAGCUCUCUUAUCAUUCACACGCCAUUACAAGCGCGCUCUUGUCGAAUGCACCGUUACUGUCCAACUCUCCGUUCGGCUGGCAUUGUGAAAAUUAAGGAAAAGGCAUGGCAGUUAUUUUUAGAGCAGUCGCCCUGUUUUACAACACACACGCAUAUAUGCACACACAUAUUUCAUACACAGGGCUGGGUCUCGCCUUGAGAGUUUGACCAUACCCGCUUGACAGAGGACUGCUUGGUGACAAGACAAGAGUCCAACAGAGGGUAACCACCAAACCCUCAGUUCAAGGGUGUGUGAGGACAAGGGCUGACCACAGGUAACAAAAUCUGCAAUGGCCGACUCAUGGUCACUCCAACUGUUGGUGCUAGUGGUGCAAGCUCUGUUAUUGGCUAAUGGUGCAGUGCAGAUAUUGCCAUGUCCAAACGCCAAUAUGUUCACCAACUUCUAUGAUGACAUUGCUGUCGUGGUUCCUGAAAAAACUGGCGAGAAUGACUAUUAUGCCAUUGCUGCUUUUUUUGAUGUACGCGACAAGGGUUUGGAUGCCUUCUCCUGUGCAAAUACUUUUAGUUCAACUGGCCUCUUGUACAGUCAGGCAUUCUUGUGGUCCAUUAGCUACUGGAAGCGACAGUUCAACUCACAAGUCAGCAUUGGAGGCUUCAUCAUGGAUAGUUGUAUGAGACAAGAGCAACUGAUACAGAACAUGCUGGGAUUUGAACAGUGCAACUUACGUGUACGGAGCAUUGAUCGUCGAAAUGUUAUAGGCUUUGUUGGCCCUUUGAGCAAUGCAGAUGCCAUUGCUGCAGCAACAUUGGCUAAUGACUUGGACAUGACUAUCAUCUCUCCUUCUGCUAAUGCUGCAGUGCUCAGUGUCAACACAAUGUAUCGAACUUUUCUUCGUACUGUUCCUUCCAUUGAAAAGGAUGUUGAAAUUAUGAGCUAUAUCCUCACUACUCAGCUUGGUGUCCGCUGUGUUGCCGUCAUCUCGGAAGCAAAUCUGGCGGAGGCAUUUGAAAAGUUCAAAAUGCAGAUGAUCAAUAAAAAUAUAUGUGUCAAUCUUACUAAAAUCAUCAGCAGUAAAGAUUCGGAUGCGACAAUGAACACAUUCAUUGAUAAAGAACUGAGGAACUGGGUGGACACAAAGUUUGUGGUUCUGCUUCUUUCCUCUGCUGCCACAGAAGCCUUCAUAAACCGCCUGAAAACAUUUGUUGAUUUACGCAAUAGUUACAUCUUCCUUAUGACAUCUGAUGUAAAACUGGCAACUUUCAGUUCAGAUUCUAAUGCUGCAGUGACACUUGAUAACUCAAUUCAACUAGAGAGAAUUUACCCAGAUGACAUAAUCAAUGCUGCUAAGGAAUUUCAAAACUAUUUGUUGCAACUCAAUGAAUCUACACAAGGUCCUCAGAUUACCAAUCCCUGGCUUGUACAAUACCUCAGAGGGGGCAAAAGAUUACUCGUUCCUGAUGGCUAUAAUAGAGAAAUUUCUAGCACUAUUAUGGCAACGAGAGCCCUCAUUCAGGGGACAACACGAGCGUCGGCAGACAAUUGUAAUCUGAGUCCUAGCUCCAAUUAUUUGUGUGGUGGAUUUCUCAACUUGGUGAACCGAGGUGACCUGAUAAACAGCGACACUCGCAGUGCAUCUGGCUUUUUUGCAACAUCAAAUGUCAGCAAUGACCUAAGAGACACCGUGAUCAAAUACACAGUGUAUCGACGAAAAUAUUCAGAUAUGCUUUUUAUGGGGACUUAUAACCCAGGACAGCAAGGAGACAAGUAUACAGGAACACCAUUCAAUCAAUAUGUUGAUCGCAAGUACAGUCCUGCAGAGUGUCCCAACUGUCCAUACUGGCAGUCAACAUCCACAAUGGCUACCACCACCACGACAGCCAGAACAUCCACUGCUGCCUCCAUAUGUAAAUACUCUAUCUAUGGCAACUACACGAUGGUACCAUAUCCAGAGAACCAAGAGAUCACUGGGGCCUUUGAUCUUCAGAACCUGCCACGCACCAGCAGUGAAGCAAUGACACGUUUUGAGAUUGGACAACGUUGGAUUAUUGCACUGGGUGUGCUGGCUGGCUUAGGGAUCCUUUGUGUGAUUGUGUUUGAGAUCUACAUCUUGUACAAGCUUUUGGGGACUCCAAUGGGUCAGAAGUGGCGGACAAUGUGGCUGGGACAACUCUUGCUUUUUGGCAUCUUCUUGUGUUAUCUCACCCUCUUUGCCUACCUCCCUGUGCCAACCAAAGCUACCUGUGGCAUCACUCGUUUUGGUGUGGGUGUAUCCCUGGCCAUUUGCUUUGCAGUGCUGCUUGUCAAGUUGAUGGUUAUUCUGACCUCAAGGUCAUCAGAGAACUCUUUGCUGCCAGGUGAUGUUGACAGUCCCAACUACCUGAAAGGCAUCUAUCAAUUCCUCAUGUUUGUUUUUGCAGUGGGAGUUCAGGUGGUGAUUGAUAUACAGUGGCUUAUCACUGUUCCACCAGAGGCAGUGAAAGUGGUUUCCAACAGUGGCCAAGAGGUAUGGGUCUGCAACCAUUACACAUGGCGUGCGACAGAUUCUGGCUCUUGGAACAACAUGGCUAGUUUUGUACGGAACGAAUUUGAAAAUCAUGUGCUGUCCUUGGUGUACAUUAUGUUCCUGAUUUUGAUCACAACCCUUCUAGCACUGCGGUCCCAUGGUAUUAUCACCAACCACCGUGAAAGCAUCUUUAUCGGCAUUGCAUCUGGCUUCAGCAUUCCCAUCUGGCUGGCCUGGACACUGGUUGGUGGCCUGAACCGUACUCACAGCUAUGCCCAUGAGUUUGGGGAUGCAUGCAUUGCCUUUGGUCUCUUCCUGACAGCAAGCCUUAUUCUCUUCGCCAUGUUCCUGCCCAAGGUUCGGCAGCUCGUGAGCAUGGGUGUGGAAGGCAUUUAUUUCGAGGAUGACCGUGAGACAGUGUAUGCUGGCUCUGUCAUCAUGGGACCCCCCAGCUACAAGUCUCACCCUAACUCAGUCAUCUAUGUCAACAACCAAGGCUUCUACUCUGACCCUGUUGUUGUAGGCAAUGGAGAUCCAAGCUUGGCCACCUACCUUCGCCACCCAGGAAGCCAACUCAGCCCUGCAAGUAUUUACAGCGCACCUCCCACCUACAUUAAGAAAGGCCCUAGCUCCACCCUGGGAAAAAACAGCCGUGUACUUCAUGUCACAGAUGACCUGAGUGGCAAGCAUCCUCCUGAAAAACGCCGUACUCAGUCAGAGUUUGCAUAUGGCACAACAGCCAGUCGUACUCGCUCUGCCCGGGGCACUCUUCCUCGUUCUCACUCCUAUGGAAACUUGGGGGCAUUGUAAUGGAAACCAGGCAGCAGAAACUAGCUCUAUUAAAAUGUACUUUCACAUACCUGAAAAGAUGACCUAAGUACCAAGCUUGGAAAACCAAACAACUGUGCUGCUGUUCCUUUCAAGGCAGACUGGAUUCUGGGAAAAUGUGUUGAAUAAAACUGGAAACAUUUGGAAAACAAAAUGUUCAUAUAUAUAUAUAUCUGUUUUCUUGUGCUGCUACUUAAAAUACAUGGAAUAUCACUACUUUUGAAUUAUUCAUUUUUAUUUUGUGGUUGAAUUUUUUUCUUUAAUAAAUCUGGUUUUCAGAAUUGUUUCACUAAUAGCUAAAAUGUUACAUUGAACCUUCUGUUCUUUGUAUAAGUAGGGAGGAAGCAGCGGGAGUGCUUGAGAGAAUGUGUGUUUACAGCAAUUUUUGUCUGCAAACUGUUUUCAUUUAGAGAUAUAAAAUAUGUAUAUAUAAUAGAAUAUAUUGUUUUAUUUGUACUCUAAAAGUGAGAUGCAUUAUCAGUUUGGAAUUUAAUAUUCUUUAUUCUUAUGUGUUUUUUAAUAAUUCCAGCUUUUUCUCAUCCUCUCCUCUUAGAGAGUCUCUGUUGUUGUCUUCUGAUACUGAGAACUCUCCAAACAGACUUUAGAUAUCUUCAAGCAGACAACCCAUGCUUUGCAGACUUUUGUGCAGGGAAUGUUUCAGUUUAAGAAAUAUUACUCACAAGAAGGUGAUGUUUGACAUGUAGGGGAAUCCCAGAGUAUACAAUAUUAUCAAUCUUCACAUUAAGAGUAGCAGCUAGUGAAAAUAUUUACCCAUAUUCUGUCUCUUCAACACAACCAAAAAGCAGAUUAUCCGUAGUUGUCUUUUUGGAUGUUGUUGAUGAUAAAACUGGCAUGCCAAAUUGUAACUGUACCUUUACCCUUUAGCAGCAGGUAAAACACCAGUUCAUGUAUCAGAGCACUUCUAUUGUAGUGUUUAUGUUUUGUGUAUGGUGAGUGUGGAAUUCCUUUAACUGAGGGUGCAGUGAGAGAGAAAAACUUUAAGCCUCAUGGUUGUGGCUGGGAAAGAGCGAGAGACAGGGUUGUGGGGAAUGUCCCUCACUCUUUUUGUUAAAAUGUAUUUGUGAUAUAAUAGGCAUUGUGAUUUUGGUUGCUAGGGAUCAACACCUUGAGUUUUUUUUUAAUUAUUAUUAUUUUGCCCAGCAGUCUUGAAUGCUUAUCCACAGAGUUUGCAACACUGCCGGAAUGUAGUUAGCUUAUAAAUUGCACAUUUACUGAACUGUGUGGUGCACAUGAGGUUUGAAUUUGACAAAUUAGCUUCCCUGAAUAUACCUGAAGUUGCGCAUGAUUAACCACACUUGAAAAGAACCAACAAUCUAAGUGAAAAAGAUGCUGUUUAUAAUGAAUUAUCUCUACCACCCUUAGUUACUCCCAAGGUAUUAUUUUUUGUGCAACCCUAUUUUAAAGUCACCUAAAGCCUGAGCUUAGUAUGAAUGGAAUGCAAUAAGAAGGCUGAACACUAUGUUGGUGUGUUGAGAGCACCCAACACCAUCUGGACACCUGAUGUGUUAGCAUGCUGAUAUCAAGAAUCCAUGCCUGUACACCAUGUGUGACAUUGUAGGCUGACUUAAAUCUGCGCAUUAAUGCAGACAGCAUCACAUCUGUGCCUUAAAUUCCUUACCCAUCUCUUUGCAGGCUAAAAAAAUUGGCCUUUAAAUAAGUUUUCUCUGCUUGUUUCCACGUCACAUGCUGGUCGGUUGCUUCAUUAUUGAGAGAUGGGGCUUAGAUCAUGCCACCCUCCACCCCUAAUAUUUGUCAGUGGACCACACACCAAGCUCUUCUUGUUUUUCAUAACAUUAAGGUCAUAUUUGCAUAGCUAACACUUGUCUUCAACUUAAAUGACUAUGAUUGCACUAGUAUGCUUGUCACUAAGGGUGGCAACAAGGGUAUAUAACUAAGCUCAAUAAAACUUUAUUUACCAAAGAGCAA